CCCUAACCUUAUUGCUUUAGAGAGUUGCUGCAGAAUUAUGGCUAAAGUUACAAGCUAUGGUUGAUGAUGUAUAAGGCACAAAAGCAUUGGCACAGAUAGUUACAAGUAGAAGACAGAAGAUAUAGCCAGAGGAUUGGAGAGCCGACUGCAUACGUCAUCAACACGGAGGACACCCGGAACCGGCAAAGGAAGAGAGAACCGCAGAGCCCUGGCUAUCGCAGGAGUGAGUUGAAUAUGGUCUGUGGUUCUAAAACCAUCCUUGAAGUGACAGGCAGCGAGUAGUAAGAGUGCACAUUUUCACUCUGUUUCCGCGAGCAGUGGAUACUCGUGGCGGCAAGGAAAUACGUAGUAGUGGAUCAAGUUGCUGCUGCCAAGUCUCGCGAGCCUUAAUUCAGAGGCAGUUUCUAUUAAUGUCUGGACUAUCCAAUUUACAGAACUGAGCAGCAGAUGUACUACAACUACUCAGUGAAGAACGAAAGAUCAUCACUCUUUCUAACUUUGUAAAAAUUAAUACCGUUUUCAGGUAUGUGGUGCAAUCUAACAAGUGGAAGGAAUAUAAUUGUCACCUGCUUUACUGUAGUUUGUAUAUUUUGCAUGAACUCUAAAGGUGAUGAAGAUGUGGACAUUGUCAAUACCAAAUACGGGAAAGUUAAAGGGAUACAAAUAUCUGUAUUCUCUGGGAUAAUCACAGCUUUCUUUGGUAUUCCAUAUGCAGAACCACCAACUGGUGCCUUAAGGUUUAAAAAACCAGUUCCUCCUAAACCUUGGUCAGAAGUGUGGAAUGCUUCAAAACAUGCAAACUCUUGCUAUCAGUAUGUUGACCAGGCUUUUCCUGAAUUUUCUGGUGCUGAAAUGUGGAAUCCAAACACUGAAUUAAGUGAAGAUUGUUUGUACCUUAAUAUAUGGAUACCUGCACCAAAACCAAGAAAUGCAAGUGUUAUGGUCUGGAUUUAUGGUGGGGGCUUUGAAACUGGGGCAUCUUCGUUGGAUGUAUAUGAUGGCAAGUUUUUGGCUCGAACAGAGCGUGUAAUUGUAGUGUCCUUGAACUACAGGUUAGGAGCAUUAGGAUUUUUGUCUUUUCCAGGAAACCCAGAAGCACCAGGUAAUGCAGGUUUAUUUGACCAGAGACUAGCUCUACAAUGGGUGUAUGAGAACAUAGCUGCAUUUGGUGGCAACCCAAAGAGUAUAACCAUUUUUGGAGAAAGUGCUGGUGCAGGUUCAGUAAGUUAUCAUUUACUUUCUCAAAAAAGUCACCAUUUUUUUACAAGAGCUAUUAUGCAAAGUGGCACUGGUAAUGCACCUUGGGGUGCAGUAAGCAAAGAGGAAGCUCAUAACAGGGCUAUGCAAUUGUCAGAUCUCCUGAGCUGCUCGAAUAGGAAUGAAACUGAAAUAAUUGCUUGCCUUAGGAAUAAGACUCCUCAAGAAAUUAUUGAAAAAGCUUUUUCUGUUCUAACACAGGAAACAUUAAUAACAAUUAAUUUUCCUCCAGCCGUUGAUGGAGAUUUUCUUACAGAAAUGCCAGAAAUACUUUUGGAACUUGGACAAAUUAAGAAAAAUACACAGAUUUUAACUGGAGUUAACAAAGAUGAAGGGUCAUAUUUUCUAGUGUAUCAAAUACCAGGAUUUAGUAAAGAUCAUGAAAGCUUUAUAAACAGGACUCAAUUUCAAGAGAGUAUCAAAACUGCCUUUCCCAAAGCAACAGAUCUUGCAAUUGACUCAAUAGUUUUUCAUUAUACAAACUGGGAAGAUGAAAAGAAUCUUGCACACAAUCGUGAUGCCAUGGAAGACAUUGUUGGGGAUUACAAUUUUAAAUGCCCAUUGAUUGAAUUCACAAAAAGGAAUUCUGAAUUAGGAAACAAUGCCUAUUUGUAUUUGUUUAACCAUAGAUCUUCCAAGGUUGCAUGGCCGGAAUGGAUGGGAGUAAUCCAUGGAUAUGAAAUUGAAUUUGUAUUUGGGAUUCCAAUGCACAGAAAACUUAAUUAUACAAAAGCAGAAGAAAUGUUGAGUAGAAGUAUUAUGAGAUAUUGGGCAAACUUUGCAAAAACAGGAAAUCCAAAUGGGGCACAAUCUCUUGAAAACAGAUGGCCUGUCUUCACACUCAACGAGCAACAAUACCUUAUUUUAGACGCAGAAGACUCAAAGACAAGUAGAAAAAUGCGUGCCAAGCAGUGUAGAUUCUGGAGCAAAUUCUAUCCCAAAGUACUGCAAAUUACAGGAAAUAUUGAUGAAGUAGAACGACAGUGGAAAGCUGAAUUCCAUCGCUGGAACAAUUACAUGAUGGACUGGAAAAAUCAAUUUAAUGAUUACAGCAGUAAGAAGGAAAGCUGUGCUGGUCUCUAAUUAAUAGCUUUACUCUUAAAGGAAUUCCAUAUUAUGAUUGGUUGAUGCAAACCGACUGGUAGUUAUCUAACAACAAUGUACAACAUAUAACAAAAAAAUGUAGUGAUUCCACAGAACAUUGUAGAAAAAUAAAGUUUUUUUUUUAUAAUAGUCAUGUUGUCUGUUGCACAAUAAAUGAUAAACAGAAAAUCCAUGUCAUGGAGAAUUAAAAUACUACUGAUCUCACAUGGACCACAUAAUAACAGUAAUUCAAACUUAUUGUCAGUCUUUAUUAUCCCAGUGUAAUAGUAAAAAACUGUGAAGUAAAAAAUUGCAUUUUAUUACCCAGUGAAUUGAGGCAAAAAUAAACUGCUGACUGCAAUUGGAACUUAUGUUAAUAAAUAUUUAAAUUACAGAUUUAUACAUGCAGACCUAUAUUUAUCAAAUUUUGUUUGUCAAAUAUCACAUAUGAAGCUACAUACCAUAUUAAGUAUGCUUAAAUUUAACAUGUGUUUAUCUGCUUUUGAAGAAAAAAAUAAAAAUAAAUAAAUAAAGUGACAUUAAAGGUCAUUAAAAUGG